AUGGUAUACUAUUCUGACCUUGUGGGAAUUCCUAACACGGAUAAGUCUCGCUGGAGAUUGAGAACAGAUGAAUUAGGCCGUGAAACUUGGGAUUAUAUAAACGAAUCUGAUAUUGAAUCUGAUCCACAAUCUGAAUAUGUUAAAUACUUAUUAGGAACAGAUGACUACAAUCCAAAACAAUUACCAAAACCUGAGACCCCAUAUGAUGCUGCUAGGAAUGGUGCUACAUUUUUAAAAACCCUUCAAGAAGAUUGUGGUGUUUUUCCAUGUCAAUAUAAAGGUCCAAUGUUUAUGACAAUCGGUUAUAUUGCAACUUGUUAUUUCACCAAAACUAAAAUUCCUGAAGCUGAAAGAAUUGAACUGGUAAGAUAUAUUGUUAACACUGCACAUCCAGUAGAUGGUGGUUGGGGGUUACAUAGUGUUGAUAAAUCCACAUGUUUUGGUACUUCAAUAAACUACGUUGCAUUAAGAUUAUUAGGAUUACCAGCAAAUCAUCCUGUUUGUCAAAGGGCAAGAAAGACUCUACAUAGACUUGGUGGUGCUAUUGCAAAUCCACAUUGGGGGAAAGCUUGGUUAUCCGUGUUAAAUUUAUAUAAAUGGGAAGGUGUUAAUCCAGCACCACCUGAAUUAUGGGCUUUACCUUAUUCAUUACCUAUUCACCCUGGGAGAUGGUGGGUUCAUACAAGAGCCAUUUAUCUGCCAUUAGGAUAUCUAUCAGCUGGGAAAAUACAUUGUGAGUUAGAUCCAUUAUUGGAAGCCAUUAGAUCAGAAAUUUAUGUCAAACCAUUUGAUUCAAUUGAUUUCACAAAACAAAGAAAUAAUGUUUGUGGUGUUGAUUUAUAUUAUCCACAUACCAAACUAUUAGAUUUUGCAAAUAAUAUACUUGUUGCAUAUGAAAAAUAUAUUAGACCAAAUUGGUUUUUGAAAAAAAUUCAAAAUUAUACAUUUGAAUUAAUUAAAAAGGAAAUCGCCAAUACAGAUUAUUUAUGUAUAGCACCAGUAAAUGCUCAUUUCAAUGCUAUUGUUACAUAUGUUGAGAAAGGUGGUGAUUCAUAUGAAUUCAAAAGAUUUCAAGAACGUUUCAAAGAUGUUAUGUUUUUAGGACCUCAAGGGUUAACAGUGAUGGGUACAAAUGGUUCACAAGUUUGGGAUACAGCAUUUGCAGUUCAAUAUUUCUUUAUGGCUGGAUUAGAUGAAUUCCCAGAAUAUCAUGAUAUGAUUGAAAAAGGUUAUAAAUUUUUAGUAAGGUCACAAUUCACAGAAGAAUGUGUCCCUGGUAGUUUUAGAGACAAGAGAAAAGGUGCAUGGCCAUUUUCCACAAAGACUCAAGGUUAUGUUGUUAGUGAUUGUACUGCGGAAGCUUUGAAAGCUAUUAUUAUGGUUAGAAAUAGUCCACAUUUCCAACAUUUAAGGGAUUUAAUUAAAGAAGAAAAUCUAAAUGAAGGUAUUGAUGUUCUUUUAUCAUUACAAAAUGUUGAUUCUUUUGAAUAUGGAUCUUUUGCAACUUAUGAAAAAAUUAAAGCAACUACAUUAUUAGAAAAAUUAAAUCCUGCUGAAGUUUUCGGGAAUAUUAUGGUUGAAUAUCCUUAUGUUGAAUGUACAGAUUCUUCAGUUUUAGGUUUAACAUAUUUCCGCAAAUUUUCAAAUUAUAAACGUGAUACUGUUACAUUUGCCAUUGAUAGAGCCAUUGAUUAUAUUAAGAAAGCUCAACAAGAAGAUGGAUCAUGGUAUGGAUGUUGGGGGAUAUGCUUCACAUAUGCAUCAAUGUUUGCUCUUGAAGCUUUAAAUACUGUUGAUGAAAAUUAUAAGAAUUCUGAAGUUGUUCGUAAAGGUUGUGAUUUCCUUGUUUCUCAUCAAAUGGAAGAUGGUGGAUGGGGUGAAUCUAUGAAAUCUUGUGAAACUCAUACAUAUGUUGAUAGUGAACAAAGUUUAGUUGUUCAAACUGCAUGGGUUGUUAUUGGAUUGAUAUUAGCAGAUUAUCCAAAUAAACAAGUUAUUGAUAAAGGUAUCAAAAUAUUAAUGGAGCGUCAAAAGGAGACAGGUGAAUGGUGUUUUGAGGAUGUUGAAGGUGUUUUCAAUCAUUCUUGUGCUAUUGAAUAUCCAAACUAUAAAUUCUUAUUCCCAAUUAAAGCACUUGGUCUCUAUACAAAAAAAUAUGGUAAUGUUCCAUUAGAAUUAUAG